GCCUCUCCACUCCUGCUGUUUGCCAACCGCCGGGACGUGCGGCUGGUGGACGCGGGCGGAGUGAAGCCGGAGUCCACCGUGGUGGUGAGCGGGCUGGAGGACGCGGCUGCCGUGGACUUCUUGUUCUCUACGGGAGCCGUGUACUGGACAGACGUGAGCGAGGAGGCCAUCAAGCAGGCCUACCUGAACCAGACUGGGGUGGCCGCCCACACUGUGGUCAUCUCCGGCCUGGUGUCGCCCGACGGCCUGGCCUGCGACUGGGUGGGCAAGAAGCUGUACUGGACAGACUCGGAGACCAACCGCAUCGAGGUGUCCAACCUCAACGGCACGUCCCGCAAGGUGCUCUUCUGGCAGGACCUGGACCAGCCGCGGGCCAUCGCCCUGGACCCCGCUCACGGGUACAUGUACUGGACAGACUGGGGGGAGACGCCCCGCAUCGAGCGGGCGGGGAUGGAUGGCAGUGCCCGGAAGAUCAUCGUGGACUCAGACAUUUACUGGCCCAAUGGGCUGACCAUCGACCUGGAGGAGCAGAAGCUGUACUGGGCCGAUGCCAAGCUCAGCUUCAUCCACCGUGCCAACCUGGAUGGCUCUUUCCGGCAGAAGGUGGUGGAGGGCAGCCUGACGCACCCCUUUGCCCUCACGUUGUCCGGGGACACCCUGUAUUGGACGGACUGGCAGACGCGCUCCAUCCACGCCUGUAACAAGAGGACAGGCGAGAAGAGGAGGGAGAUCCUGAGCUCCCUCUACUCGCCCAUGGACAUCCAGGUGCUCAGCCAGGAGCGGCAGCCCCCCUUCCACACUCAGUGUGAGGAGGACAAUGGCGGCUGCUCCCACUUGUGCCUGCUGUCCCCGCGGGAGCCAUUCUACACGUGCGCCUGCCCCACGGGCGUGCAGCUCCAGGACAAUGGCAGGACCUGUAAAGCAGGGGCCGAGGAGGUGCUGCUGCUGGCCCGGCGGACGGACCUGCGGAGGAUCUCUCUGGACACGCCGGACUUCACCGACAUCGUGCUGCAGGUGGACGACAUCCGGCACGCCAUCGCCAUCGACUACGACCCUCUGGAGGGCUACGUGUACUGGACGGACGACGAGGUGCGGGCCAUCCGCAGGGCCUACCUGGACGGCUCGGGCGCGCAGACGCUGGUCAACACGGAGAUCAACGACCCCGACGGCAUCGCCGUGGACUGGGUGGCCCGCAACCUCUACUGGACCGACACGGGCACCGACCGCAUCGAGGUCACGCGCCUCAACGGCACCUCCCGCAAGAUUCUGGUGUCCGAGGACCUGGACGAGCCCCGAGCCAUCGUGCUGCACCCUGUGAUGGGCCUCAUGUACUGGACAGACUGGGGGGAAAACCCCAAAAUCGAGUGUGCCAACUUGGAUGGGCGGGAGCGACAUGUCCUAGUGAACACCUCCCUCGGGUGGCCCAAUGGCCUGGCCCUGGAUCUGCAGGAGGGCAAGCUGUAUUGGGGUGAUGCCAAGACUGACAAAAUUGAGGUGAUCAAUGUGGACGGCACGGAGAGGCAGACCCUGCUGGAGGACAAGCUCCCGCACAUUUUCGGGUUCACGCUGCUGGGAGACUUCAUCUACUGGACGGACUGGCAGCGGCGCAGCAUUGAGCGGGUGCACAAGGUCAAGGCCAGCCGGGAUGUCAUCAUCGACCAGCUGCCUGACCUCAUGGGGCUCAAAGCAGUGAACGUGGCCAAGGUCUUUGGAACCAACCCGUGCGCAGAAGGGAAUGGGGGAUGCAGCCACCUGUGCUUCUUCACACCCCAGGCCACCAAGUGUGGCUGCCCAAUCGGCCUGGAGCUGCUGAGUGACAUGAAGACCUGCAUCGUGCCGGAGGCCUUCCUGGUGUUCACCAGCAGAGCCACCAUCCACAGGAUCUCCCUGGAGACCAACAACAAUGACGUGGCCAUCCCCCUCACGGGCGUCAAGGAGGCCUCUGCGCUGGACUUUGACGUGUCCAACAACCACAUCUACUGGACAGAUGUCAGCCUGAAGACCAUCAGCCGAGCCUUUAUGAACGGCAGCUCCGUGGAGCAUGUGAUCGAGUUUGGACUGGACUACCCUGAAGGCAUGGCCGUGGACUGGAUGGGCAGGAACCUCUAUUGGGCUGACACCGGGACCAACAGGAUCGAGGUGGCCCGGCUGGAUGGCCAGUUUCGGCAAGUCCUGGUGUGGAGGGAUUUGGACAACCCCAGGUCACUGGCCCUGGAUCCCACCAAAGGCUACAUCUACUGGACUGAGUGGGGCGGCAAGCCAAGGAUCGUGAGAGCCUUUAUGGAUGGAACCAACUGCAUGACACUGGUGGACAAGGUGGGCCGGGCCAAUGACCUCACCAUUGACUACGCUGACCAGCGGCUCUACUGGACUGACCUGGACACCAAUAUGAUCGAGUCAUCCAACAUGCUAGGUCAGGAGCGGGUGGUGAUUGCUGACGACCUCCCGCACCCCUUUGGCCUGACGCAAUACAGCGGCUACAUCUACUGGACCGACUGGAACCUCCACAGCAUCGAGCGGGCAGACAAGACCAGCGGCCAGAACCGCACCCUCAUCCAGGGCCACCUGGACUUCGUGAUGGACAUCCUGGUGUUCCAUUCCUCCCGCCAGGACGGCCUCAACGACUGCACGCACAACAACGGCCAGUGCGGCCAGCUGUGCCUCGCUGUCCCCGGCGGCCACCGCUGUGCCUGCGCCUCGCACUACACCCUGGACCCCAGCAGUCGCAACUGCAGCCCACCUUCCACCUUCCUGCUCUUCAGCCAGAAAUGCGCCAUCAGCCGGAUGAUCCCGGAUGACCAGCACAGCCCAGACCUCGUCCUGCCCCUGCACGGGCUGAGGAACGUCAAGGCCAUCGACUACGACCCACUGGACAAGUUCAUCUACUGGGUAGACGGGCGCCAGAACAUCAAGCGAGCCAAGGAUGAUGGGACCCAGCCCUUUGUCUUGACCUCUCCGGGUCAAAGCCAGGGUCAGGGUCAAAGCCCCGACAGGCAGCCACACGACCUCAGCAUCGAUAUCUACAGCCGGACGCUGUUCUGGACGUGCGAGGCCACCAACACCAUCAACGUCCUGCGGCUGGACGGGGACGCAAUGGGUGUGGUGCUGCGGGGGGACCGUGACAAGCCGAGGGCCAUCGCUGUCAACGCCGAGCGAGGGUACCUGUACUUCACCAACAUGCAGGACCGGGCAGCCAAGAUCGAGCGUGCCGCCCUGGAUGGCACCGAGCGCGAGGUCCUCUUCACCACAGGUCUCAUCCGCCCCGUGGCCCUUGUGGUAGACAACUCGCUGGGCAAGCUCUUUUGGGUGGACGCCGACCUAAAGCGUAUUGAGAGCUGCGACCUGUCAGGGGCCAACCGCCUGACCCUGGAGGACUCCAACAUCGUGCAGCCUGUGGGCCUGACUGUGCUUGGCCGGCACCUCUACUGGGUCGACCGGCAGCAGCAGAUGAUCGAGCGCGUGGAGAAGACCACCGGGGACAAGCGGACUCGGGUGCAAGGCCGCGUCGCCCAUCUCACUGGCAUCCACGCUGUGGAGGAAGUCAGCCUGGAGGAGUUCUCUGCUCACCCCUGUGCCCGGGACAAUGGCGGCUGCUCCCAUAUCUGCAUUGCCAAGGGGGACGGGACACCACGGUGCUCAUGCCCCGUCCACCUCGUGCUUUUGCAGAACCUGCUGACUUGUGGUGAGCCUCCCACCUGCUCCCCCGACCAGUUUGCGUGUGCCACGGGGGAGAUUGACUGCAUCCCCGGGGCCUGGCGCUGCGACGGCUUUCCCGAGUGCGAUGACCAGAGCGAUGAGGAGGGCUGCCCGGUGUGCUCGGCUGCCCAGUUUCCCUGCGCGCGCGGCCAGUGUGUGGACGUGCGCCUGCGCUGCGACGGCGAGGCCGACUGCCAGGACCGCUCGGACGAGGCCGACUGCGAUGCUGUCUGCCUGCCCAACCAGUUCCGCUGUGCCAGCGGCCAGUGUGUCCUCAUCAAGCAACAGUGCGACUCCUUCCCCGACUGUGUGGACGGCUCCGAUGAGCUCAUGUGCGAAAUCACCAAGCCAUCGUCCGACGACAUCCCAGCCCACAGCAGCGCCAUUGGGCCGGUCAUCGGCAUCCUGCUCUCCAUCUUUGUCCUGGGAGGGGUCUAUUUUGUGUGCCAGCGGGUGGUGUGCCAGCGCUACGCCGGCGCCAACGGGCCCUUCCCGCACGAGUACGUCAGUGGAACCCCCCACGUGCCCCUCAACUUCAUAGCUCCGGGAGGCUCCCAGCACGGCCCCUUCACAGGCAUUUCCUGCAGCAAGUCCAUGAUGAGCUCCGUGAGCCUGGUGGGGGGCCGGGGGGGCAUGUCCCUCUAUGACCGGAACCACGUGACCGGGGCCUCGUCCAGCAGCUCAUCCAGCACGAAGGCCACGCUGUACCCACCGAUCCUGAACCCGCCGCCAUCCCCGGCCACAGACCCCUCCCUGUACAACAUGGACACGUUCUACUCUUCAAACAUUCCUGCCACCACCAGACCAUACAGGCCCUACGUCAUUCGAGGCAUGGCACCCCCUACCACCCCCUGCAGCACGGACGUGUGUGACAGCGAUUACAGUGCCAGCCGCUGGAAGGCCAGCAAGUACUACCUGGACUUGAACUCAGACUCAGACCCCUACCCACCCCCACCCACGCCGCACAGCCAGUACCUGUCCGCCGAGGACAGCUGCCCGCCCUCCCCCGCCACGGAGCGGAGCUACUGUCACCUCUUCCCACCCCCGCCGUCCCCCUGCACCGACUCAUCCUGACCUCUGCUGGCCCACCGGCCUCGCUGCGCCCCUGUAAAUAUUUUUAAAUAUGAACAAAGAAAAAAUAUAUUUUAUGAUUAAAAAAUAAAUAUAAUUGGGAUUUAAAAACACACACAUGAGCCAUGUGAGCAGUGUUGGGGGUGGGCGGCGGAGAGAGCUUUGUACAGUGGAGAAAAAUAUUUAUAAACCUCUCUUUUUUAAAA